AUGAGUAAAUUGUAUACAGAUAUUACAUAUAGCAAUCGGAUUCGCACUAAUUUAAAAGAAAAUCAAAAAGAUUUAUAUGACAAUACCUUUAAUCAACAACAUAAUACAUUUAUAGAAACAAAUUCUGCAGAACCAACUAAUAUUGAAACUUCUUCUUUAGGUGGUAUAAAUAAUUCAAGCUCUUUAAAAAUAAACAAACCUCCAAAAAAUGUUGAAACAAACGAACUUGCAAAAGAUAUUGAAAUUGAAUCUUCAGAUGAAGAAUCCGAACAACGAUUUGAGGAUGAAGAAAUUGAUGAUGAUUAUAUAGAUGACGAAGAACUUUUUAUCAAUGAUAUUACUCAUCCUGUGGUAGACACUAAUAUGAAGUGGAAGUUAGUUACUCUUUUCAAGAGGUUAGAGCUAAAAGAAAUUAUAGGUUAA